CAAUAGAAUAAAGAAAAAAAAGUGAAAAAAAGAAAGGUUGGUAGGUAUACAAAAGAUUUCGAAGAACAAUGACCAUUUAAUUUUCCGGGCAUGAUUAUUAAAAAUAAAAAGAGAUUAUGAUUAAUCCCAGAGGGGGGGAAGAAGAUCGCAUCAGAGAAACCGCUUCUUCUUCAUCUUCUAAUUUGGAUUUCAGAUUCAGCCAAACUCUCAGGAACAUUCAAGGGUUACUCAAAGGUCGCAGUUUUCCUGGUAAAGUAUCGAUAACAAGGUGUUCGGAUCCUCUUGACCCAUCAUUUUUGCCUUCACCACUAGGUGACAGGAGGUUCUCAGACAGUGAUGCUAGCCAAGUGAGACAAACAGAUACAUUGACUGAGGAUAAACCCCAAAAUCGCAGUGGUUCAAACACUGUUUCGUUUAGUGACCAUACAAACACUUCGAAUAUGGGUAGCCAAAACAUAUCGAUUCCGAACAUGGGUGCAAGAGCUACGGAUUCUGCAAGGCUGAUGAAGUUUGCUAAGGAAUUAUCUGAGCCGACGUUAGCCAUAGAAAAACUCCGUGAACUAGCAUGGAGCGGUGUGCCCCAGUAUCUGCGCCCUACUGUAUGGCGGCUUCUCUUGGGAUAUGCGCCUUCUAAUUCAGAUAGAAGGGAAGCCGUGCUGAGAAGAAAGCGGGAGGAGUAUCUUGAUUGUGUCGCCCUACAUUAUGAUAUUCCAGAUACAGAGCGCACGGAGGAAGAGAUCAACAUGCUUCGUCAGAUUUCUCUCGAUUGUCCUAGAACUGUUCCUGAUGUCUCUUUCUUUCAACAAGAAGAAGUCCAAAAGUCACUCGAGCGAAUACUUUAUACAUGGGCUAUACGACAUCCAGCUAGCGGUUAUGUGCAGGGAAUAAAUGACCUCGCGACUCCCUUUUUGGUUGUUUUUCUAUCUGAAUACUUAGAGGGAUAUGUCGAGACAUGGUCAAUGACUGAUUUACCUCCCGAGAAAAUGUUGGACGUAGAAGCCGACUGUUACUGGUGUUUAACAAAGUUGCUAGAUGGCAUGCAAGAUCAUUACACGUUUGCCCAGCCUGGGAUUCAGCGACUUGUGUUCAAGCUAAAGGAGUUGGUUGGAAGAAUUGAUGAACCUUGUUCAAAGCACAUGGAGGACCAGGGGCUUGAAUUUCUUCAAUUUGCUUUCCGAUGGUUCAAUUGCCUACUUAUACGUGAGAUUCCAUUCGAUCUCGUUACUCGCUUGUGGGACACUUAUCUCGCUGAAGGGGACGCCUUGCCAGAUUUUCUCGUAUACAUUUACGCCAGCUUUCUUCUAACAUGGUCGGAUACUCUACAGAAGCUCGAUUUUCAGGAGAUGGUGAUGUUUCUUCAGCACCUCCCGACUCAUAACUGGAACCAUCUGCAGCUGGAGACGGUGCUUUCGCGGGCUUAUAUGUGGUACACCAUGUUCAACGACUCUCCAAGACAUUUAGCUUGCUGAAUAUAUAUAUCUAUAUAUAUAUCAUUUGAUUUAAUUUCAAUCAUAAUGUGAGUUUGGAAUGUGUUUCAUUUAUGUUUAUUAGUUGUUUCUGUGAGAAUCAACCUGCAUUUCUUUUCUCCUUGUUGUAUUCAAGUUUAUAUAUACCUUUGUACAGGAGUAUUGAAAGUAUAAAUUCCUAAUAUUGUUAUACUGUCAAA